AUGUUUAAUUUAUUUCAAAAACUAAGCCAUGUUUUCACAAAAGAUAUUACUUUAAGCGAAAGUGAUGAAUCAUUGAUAAUUCUGAUGUUAAUACUCUUAUGGAUUUUAGUUUUUUGCCUUGUGCCUUUUUUAUUUACAAGUUUAAGGAAAAAAUCAAGUCUUUACAUGUGGAGCUUUUCCAUAGUAGGAAUAAUAAUUUGCUCAAUUUACUACAUAUUAAAUUGUAAUAUUUUUAUUUGGAUUUUCUCAUUCUUAAUGAAACCACAAAGGAUCUUCUUGGUUUUCAUGUGGUUAAUUUGCAGCAUUUUGGCUGUAGUAUUGGUUCAGCAUAAUAUUAAUGUUAAAAAAAAAAGCAAUACAAUUAUUAGAAAACCAUUUCAUGCUCUUAUUGUAAUGGUGUUUUUACCAGGCAUAUUAUACGAUUUCAACCUGCUGUAUUUCAGUUCUGGUUGUCUCUUAGGGUUAUUUCUAGUAUUAGAAGUAAGAUUUAAAAUUUAUCAAGAUGUUAAAGAUUGUGGAAUUUUAGCAUUAACUCCUAUUUGCUUAUUGAUAGGACAGACUAUUCCUCUGUGGUUAUAUCCUUCAGAUAAUUUUUCAAAUGUGCCAUUACCUCUUUUGGGUGGAAUACUUUCUGUUGGAAUAGGAGAUACAUUUGCCAGCAUAGGGGGUAAAUUUUUUGGCAAACACAAAUGGAAAGGUAAAAUGCUACCACAGUUUUGUAAAUUUCACAUACUAUAA